GUUUAUACCGAUGGAAACAGUUUACCUUGAAGCAAAAUUUAGUGAAGCACAAGAAAACCUUAGAGAUGCGAAAACGACCAUUCUUCUACAAAAGACACAGAUCAAAAAUUGUGAAAAGCUUAUACACAAACAAAACAACAAAAUCCAAAUCUUACGACAAUUUAUUGUAAAGUACCAUGGCAAACAAGCUUUAGAAGAUUUGGAAGAUCAAUGUCAAAGUCAAUUUACAUAUUCCAACGAUACAAAUUCUCGACAGAAACGCCCUACUUGCACCACUUCAGUAACUAUUGCCAGACAUCCCAAGAAAAGGUCUGGUACAAGUGAUUUGCGCUCUUUUUUCAAAUCAAAAUCUUCAAGUCAGUAUCACAAAUCAGAAAAACCACCGCCUUCACUUUGGGAAACUAUCACAUCACCACUGCAUUCAGAACAAUUACAACAAAACAAUAAUAGCAAUAACAUGAAUGGGUUAUCGUCCUCACAAUCAACAACAGACUCACAAUCAUCACAAUCAUCUCAAGCUUCAGAAACAACAGAAACAUCGCAAUCAUCAUUACUUGAUGACACGCUAACACUUCAGAAUUCAAGUACAAUAGGCUUACCAGCAUCAGCCAACAUGUCAACCAUAUUAUUAUCACCAAAGAAAUCAUCAUCCGGUACAGCCACUGUCAUAUCAUCAUCACUAGUGCCAUCGCUAUCUAGGAAGGCAAAGAUUCAGCUACAACAUGCAUCGAAUACGAAACAACGUACUCAUCAUUCAACACCAUGUCGCAAAACUGGAAAACGACGUGUUAAUACUGAUACUCUAUGGAAAACAGUAACUUCACCAACCAUUGAUUUGACUCACAAUAUGGAAACUAGUUCUAAUACACCAAGAAAAAAGUCAUUCGAUGUUCAUCACGAUUUAUUCCCCACUUGUUCAUCUUCCACCAAGCAAUUGGAUAGAUAUCAACGACAAAAAGAAACUUUUAUAUCAUUCAACAAAUACCAAAUGAGACUACAACAGUCAAAUAACCGAUCUAUACUCAACUCAAUCGACCAAAAUCAGCCAUCAACAGAAAUCAUUGAAAAUGAUACCAACAAAAAAGAGGACCACUUUUUAAGCCGACCAGCUCCAAAUAGUGAAUUUCCUUAUGCAGAUGUGGUUCGAAAAAGGGAUGAACGGUCUAAAUUACAUGGUUCUACUUGCUCAUGUUGUGAAAAGUAUUUUGCAAAUGGAAAUACUGCAGAUGAUAGAAUUCAACUUUAUUCAAGACAUCGAGAAAAGUAUAAACAACCAGCGACACCACCUGGCUAUUGGGAUCUUGACUUUCCUGAUUCUCCUCAAAAAUAGUACGGCUUCAAAACAAUAAAAAACAGAAUACCUUUUAGCUUAUAUAGUGUUUUCAAAGUAUUCUUGUUUGAUCAAAAGGAAAAAUAAAACUCCGGAAGCAUUGUCACGGGUAUCGGUUGAUUUUUGUUCCGGGUACGGAAGCAUUGAGAAGAAGCAGUCGGUGAUUGUAAGAGUGUUUUUUCAUCAAAG